GUGCAGGGGCCGGCCAGCAGGGUGGAGACUGAAUUCAAGGGAAAAUAUAAGAUGUCUGGUACAGCAUACAACAGCAUUGAUUCAGAGGAGGGUGGGAGUACUGAGCCCAGGAGAGGGAGGAGGAAUGUAAAGCCUGCGAGAGGCUGCUCAGCAAUUUUCUGGUCCCUUAGCCUACAGGAUUAGCAGCUUCCUAACAGGCAAUUAUCUCUCUGGACCUGUUUCUUCUAUCUAUAAGUUGAUGGAAUUAGUCUAAUGAUAUCUAAGGUCCCUACUAUGUGCACAGCUACUGUGACAAGGUCCUUAGCUGCAUGAUCUUUAAUUCUGACAAAGGUUACUAUCACAAAUAUUUUAACAUUUUUACUCUCGUGGUUACAAAUCAACAAUCUCUGGCACUAUUACAACAAACCUUUCAGUAUUUACAGAGAAGUUAUUUGCCCUUCUUAGCAACUGGCCAAUCAACAACUCAACUUUAUAGUAAGUUACAGAAUUUAUUCUGUACACUGUAUUCUGUACAAUGUAUUCCAUACAUUAAUGUAUUUUGUGGUAAAAUAGUAACUUUUAACUUUGGAUGGUUAAACUAGAAGAGCUGAGAUUCAACCCACGUAAGCGGCUGCAGAGCCGCUACCCUUAACAGCUCUCUCUCGGGAUUCUAACAUUCCCUUCUGUGACGGAGAGACCGCAGGCUGGGACACGCAUCCUCGGACGGAUCCACAGCUGGGGGGAGAAGGCUGCGCCCGGCGGGCCGGAAGCCGGGCGGUGGCGUGCAGGAGCCCCGCCUUCCCGGGCUGGAUUCGGGCGGGGGCGGGGCGGGGGCGGGGGCGGGGCGGGGCCUACGGCAGCGGGAAUCCCGACCCCGCCCCUUUCCCCACCCCUCCAUUUCUCGCCAUGGCCCCUGCACUGCUCCUGGUCCCUGCUGCCCUCGCCUCUUUCAUCCUGGCCUUUGGCACCGGAGUGGAGUUCGUGCGCUUUACCUCCCUUCGGCCACUUCUUGGAGGGAUCCCGGAGUCUGGUGGUCCGGAUGCCCGCCAGGGAUGGCUGGCUGCCCUGCAGGACCGCAGCAUCCUUGCCCCCCUGGCAUGGGAUCUGGGACUCCUGCUUCUAUUUGUUGGGCAGCACAGCCUCAUGGCAGCUGAAAGAGUGAAGGCAUGGACAUCCCGGUACUUUGGGGUCCUUCAGAGGUCACUGUAUGUGGCCUGCACUGCCCUGGCCUUGCAGCUGGUGAUGCGGUACUGGGAGCCCGUACCCCGAGGCCCCGUGUUGUGGGAGGCUCAGGCUGAGCCAUGGGCCACCUGGGUGCCCCUCCUGUGCUUUGUGCUCCAUGUCAUCUCCUGGCUUCUCAUCUUCAGCAUCCUUCUCGUCUUUGACUAUGCUGAGCUCAUGGGCCUCAAACAGGUAUACUACCAUGUGCUGGGGCUGGGCGAGCCUCUGGCCCUGAAGUCUCCCCGGGCUCUCAGACUCUUCUCUCACCUGCGCCACCCAGUGUGUGUGGAGCUGCUGACAGUGCUGUGGGUGGUGCCUACCCUGGGCAUGGACCGUUUCCUCCUUGCUCUCCUCCUUACCCUCUACCUGGGCCUGGCUCAUGGGCUUGAUCAGCAAGACCUCCGCUACCUCCGGGCCCAACUACAAAGAAAACUCCACCUGCUCUCUCGGCCCCAGGAUGGGGAGGCAGAGUGAGGAGCUCACUCUGGUUACAAGCUCUGUUCUUCCUCUCCCCCUGAAUUCUAAAUCCUUAACAUCCAGGCCACGGCUGCUUCACGCCAGAGGCCCAAAUUCAUGGACUGAAGGAGUUGCCCCUUCCACUACUUGAGACUUUAUUCUCUGGGUCCAGCUCCACACCCUAAAUUCUGAGUUUCAGCCACUGAAUCCAAGGUCCACUUCUCACUAGCAAGGAAGAGCGGGGUAUGGAACUCAUCUGUCCCCUCACUGUUUAGGGCAUGACACUUUCGCCCUCAACAGCCUCCCGAGAAGGAAAGGAUCUGCCCUGCCCACUCCCUUGGCACUGUUACUUGCCUCUGUGCCUCAGGGGUCCCCUUCUCCACCUCUGGCUUCCACUCCAAGAAGCUGGACCAGGGUCUGCAAGUUCAACAGUCAUAGCUGUCCCUCCAGGCCCCACACCUUGCCUCACCACUCCCGGCCCUAGUCUCUGCACCUCCUUAGGCCCUGCCUCUGUGCUUACACCCCAACCUAGUCAAGGGUAUUCUCCUGCUCUUAACUCGAUGACUUGGGGCUCCCUGCUCUCCCGAGGAAGAUGCUCUGCAGGAAAAUAAAAGUCGGCCUGAUUUUUCUACA